ACAAUAGAUGACUUUCAUUUUCAAACAGGUGCGUCAGAUCAUGAAGAAAUGGGCGGACCUCAAGUGCGAUGGACGGCGAGCGCUCCGGGGCCCCAACGGCAGCAACGUGAGGAAGAAGAGCAUGGGCCCCGUGGAGAGGAUGGUGCACAAGAUCCUGAUGAUGAGUCCCAGAGGAGGUGGCGAAAGUGAUUUCGACCUCGAUGAAGAGGAAGAUUUUUCCAAGAUUUACAGCAAGGGCCCGCCCCCCAGCGCGCCCCCCUUCUCCUACCUCAGCUUGACGGACAACUCCCAGUCCAUACCCGGAGGGACGUCCUACGACUUCUCUCCUCUCUCGUCCCCGGAGAAAGACCUCGCCGGCGAUCCUUUCUACUCGUCCCCUGACUUUGACCUGGCCGACGACGGAGAACACGCCAUGGACUUUGAAGAAAACGACGACUCGUUGUUCUCCUCCUACCCCUCGUCUCUUCCCCGGCCCUCCUCCCCGGCCCUGGACCCGCUGCCCGACAACACCCUGCUGAGGAUGAAGCCGGUCCACACCUACUCCCGAAACAGCCAGAACCACAACACCACCCAGAACCACACCUCCCCAAGACCUGCACCUGGGCCCUUGGCCUCCACGUCCUCCUCUUUCCCUCCGGGGUCAGAACCCGACGCCGCCUCUUCCUCCGCCGCUCCGCCCCCGCUGGACCCCCGCUCGAUCUCCAACAUGACUUUCUCUUCCCUCCUUGCUCCUUCCUCCUCAUUCGCUCCCCCACUUCCUCCUGCCUCCAUCUCUACGUCACCUUCCUCUACAGCACCCUCCAAAUCUGUUCCAGCCAACGCCUCCCACCCCGAGCCCUCCUCUUCCUCCCUCCCAGGGCCUCCUGCUGCAGUAUCGUCCUCCUCUAAUGCAACCUCUUCCAACGCCCAUCAACCGUCCCCCUCCUCCUCUUCCUCAGUCCUCCCACCUCAUACUCCUCCCACCGCAGGCCCAGGCGCUGCGGACGCCCUCCCGGGCGGAGCGUCCCACCGCGGGGCCCGCGAGCAGGUGGCCCAGAUGGCCUCUCAGAGCCUGCAGCAGCAGCGCGCCAGCCGCAUGCUCCUGACCUCGGUGUCCCAGUCCCUGGAGGUGCUGGCCCAGUCGGUCCAGCUGCUGGUGGAGAGCCAGCAGGAGUUUGUGCAGGAGUCCCUGCUCCUGCAGAGGGAGACGGUGGACGUCCUGAGGGACUUCUCCAACACGGCACUCACCAUGCUGAGAGACAAAACCAACGGGGGGCAGCUGCCGCAUCCUCACCCCGCUGCACACUUCUGAGAAACGGGGAUAACCAAUCAGAGUGCAGGUAAAUGUUGACAUGGGAGGGAGGGGGGGGCAUCACAGGACAUUAGUGAUUUCUAACGUCCAUCUUGUUGAUCAAGUCACAAGAGAGACGGCUGAUAUUUGAUGGCUGCUGGAAAGAAAAGUUCCUUCCUGAAAAUGGGACAAAGUUUUCACCCACAAACACGAGUUUUAAGCCGUUCUCUCGAAGGGUUUUUACGUGCCUGCAUCUUUAUUUUUUCUUCUAUAUUCACUGUUUGUUUGUUGCGGGCUCAUGUGUUGUUUUUUUUCCACACUGUAUUUUGUAUUUUAAAAACACUUUACUGUAAUGUGUCAGUAGAGUAUAAAAAGUACUAACUAGGGCUGCAACUUUUAUUAACAGUCGAUUAUGUUCUGGAUUAAUCGACUAGCUGUUUGAGCUCUAAAAUGAAGAAAGAAAAAAGUUGAUCACUGUUUCCCAAAUUUUAAAGAUAUUCAGUUUAUGGUCACAGAGGAGUGAAUAAACAAGGAAAUAUAUUUAUCUAACAAGCUUACCUUUUGCUUUUUUUUUCAUAAAAAAUGACCCAAACCAGAUCCAGGGGGACUGUUUGUCUGCCUAAGUUUGAGAUGUGUUAACAUUCUGAGUGUUAUCUUGAUUUCUCUAAAUCACGAUAACGUCUGUGGAAGAUUCUGCGUCCGCACAUGCGCGGUGUGUCCCUGCUUAUCACAGACCACGUCCUGUCCUCGUCCUCACAACGGCUGCUGUGGUGGGACACGUCAGGGACGCAACAACCACUUUUAGAACAAUUGUUGGAAUAAAAAGACUUUUUAUUGAAAUGUUUUGUGGAACAUACUGCUGUCAAAGGGGCGAAAUUGCUUCUGUAAUUCCCAAAGGGUUCAUUUGAGUCAGAAUAAAGGACUAAUAAGUUCUUGUUUUAUCUGUUAGGUUGAACACCAUCUCAUGUUGCCCCCCUUUAAGCAGUAUUUUUAUUCUAGAUGCUGAAGGUGUGAACUGCAAAGUGGCAGAAACGGUGCUGCUAACAACUCUUUUAAAUGAGGAAAAAAAGCUACUAUGCAGGUGAUGGAGGAAAAUAUUAUGAAUUAAUUAAAGGAAAUAGCAAGGUGACAGCAAGCCAAUGUUGCUUCAUAGAGUCCAUACCAAGCUCUGCAUGUGUUGAACUGUGGCCUGUGACAGAGAAAGCUGAACUUUAUAUCGUAGAUUUAAUAUAGAAUAAGCUCGAGCUAACCCCUGCUGAAAACUCUCUGCCUCCAUAAUCCUUCACUUCAGCCUGGCACGCGUCACAUUUCUGUUUUAUUCAUGAACGUUUCUAGGAAAGACUUUAAUCUCCAGGUGGGUUGGAAUUUGAUACGAAUACUUUAUGAGAGAUACUGAUGUUAUGUACACCCACCCAUGCAUUUUAUGGUGUCACCCCCAGUAAACAACCCUAAUAUUCAGUGGAGAAGCAAAGACGACCGUGUGAGCCUGGAAACAUGUUAGUAUUUCAGAUGUUCUGCUUUUAAAACUCUUUAUCUGACCCUCUUCUUUGUACCGCUCAUAGCAUCUGAAUCUGCACACUGUCCCUAACUUGUGUCCUCAUUGCAGUUGGCUUUCUGUCUGACUGACUGACCAAAUGACUUGUAACUGUCUGCUGUAACACCAGGCUAUGUGAUGUUUCCUUACAACCAAAUCCUGAGAAUAAAGAUUUUAUUAUUAAAA